ACGAUACGAAAUCCGUGCGUCGAAAUAUAAGUUGUUUAAAUAUACUUUUGGUGCUUUACUGUUGCCGAUAGAGUGCUCUUUAUUUGUGACUUUUCACGGACUGAAGUUCAAAAUGUUUAAGAAAAGGUUUCCUUCACUUUCAAGUCUGGGGUCUGAUGGGAACACAUCGUUCCUUAGGGCUGCUCGGGCCGGCAACUUAGAAAAGGUCUUAGAGCAUCUCAAAUCAAAUAUAGACAUCAAUACUAGUAAUGCUAAUGGCCUCAAUGCUUUGCACUUAGCUUCUAAGGAUGGUCAUGUGGCGGUUGUACAAGAAUUACUCAAAAGAGGUGCAAAUGUUGACGCCGCCACAAAGAAGGGUAACACAGCGCUUCACAUCGCUUCGUUGGCUGGCCAAGAAGAAGUGGUCAAAUUAUUAGUUCCUCAUGGCGCUUCCGUAAAUGUUCAGUCUCAAAAUGGAUUUACGCCAUUAUAUAUGGCAUCACAGGAAAAUCAUGACUCAGUUGUUAAAUAUCUCCUCGCAAAUGGAGCAAACCAAAGUCUCGCGACAGAAGAUGGAUUCACACCCUUGGCUGUAGCCAUGCAACAAGGGCAUGACAAAGUUGUCGCAGUUCUAUUAGAAAGUGACACAAGAGGUAAAGUACGCCUACCUGCACUUCAUAUUGCAGCAAAAAAAGAUGACGUCAAAGCAGCAACGCUUCUCUUAGAGAACGAGCACAACCCGGACGUUACUUCAAAGUCAGGGUUCACUCCACUACACAUCGCAUCACAUUAUGGCAAUGAAUCGAUAGCCAACCUGCUGAUUCAAAAAGGUGCAAAUGUAAACUAUGCCGCCAAACACAACAUCAGCCCUCUUCACGUGGCUGCCAAAUGGGGUAAAACAAAUAUGGUCGGACUGCUUGUCGAUAAAGGGGCAAAUAUCGAAAGCAAAACCAGAGAUGGCCUCACGCCACUGCAUUGUGCGGCUCGCUCAGGACAUGAACAAGUGGUAGAUAUGUUGCUGGAUCGCGGCGCGCCCAUCAGUUCAAAGACCAAGAAUGGUUUGGCACCUUUGCACAUGGCAGCUCAAGGCGAACACGUCGACGCAGCGCGUAUCCUGCUUUAUCACCGUGCUCCAGUCGAUGAAGUUACUGUGGAUUAUUUAACAGCACUCCAUGUAGCAGCUCAUUGCGGACACGUGCGUGUUGCUAAGUUGCUGCUGGACCGCAGUGCUGAUGCAAAUGCACGAGCCCUAAAUGGCUUUACGCCUCUUCAUAUCGCUUGCAAAAAGAAUCGCAUCAAAGUAGUCGAGCUGCUACUAAAACACGGAGCGAGUAUUAGUGCAACUACUGAAAGUGGUUUGACGCCACUACACGUUGCCAGUUUUAUGGGAUGUAUGAACAUCGUAAUAUAUCUCCUUCAACAUGAAGCUAGUCCUGACGUACCAACAGUUCGAGGAGAGACACCAUUACAUCUAGCUGCAAGAGCUAACCAGACGGACAUAAUUCGCAUUCUGUUGAGAAACGGUGCCCAAGUGAAUGCUAGAGCACGAGAGCAACAGACGCCGCUUCACAUUGCAUCGAGGCUUGGUAAUGUCGACAUUGUAAUGCUCCUUCUUCAACACGGAGCGCAGGCGGACAACACCACCAAAGACAUGUAUACGGCACUACACAUCGCUGCCAAGGAAGGACAAGAUGAGGUAGCAGCAGUUCUUAUAGAGAAUGGUGCAUCAUUGACUGCCACUACCAAGAAAGGUUUUACGCCGCUGCACUUAGCAGCAAAAUAUGGUAACAUGAAAGUAGCAAAGUUAUUGCUGCAGCACGAUGCACCGCCGGACGCGCAGGGUAAAAAUGGGGUGACGCCAUUGCACGUGGCAAGUCACUACGAUCACCAGAAUGUGGCUCUGUUAUUACUCGAUAAGGGUGCAUCUCCACACGCUGCCGCCAAGAAUGGGCACACACCACUACACAUCGCAGCAAGAAAAGAGCAAAUGGACAUCGCAUCUACUUUGUUGGAGUAUGGUGCACAAGCAGAUGCUGAAAGUCGCACCGGAUUUACUCCACUGCAUCUGGCUUCACAAGAAGGUCAUGCGGAUGCAGCAUCUCUCCUAUUAGAGCACGGUGCAGUAGCCGACAAAGCAUCUAAAAAUGGACUUACGCCACUACAUUUGUGUGCGCAGGAAGACAAAGUCAAAGUAGCUCAAAUAUUACUUAAAAAUGAAGCAAAAGUUGAUGCUGAAACAGCGCAAGGGUAUACACCUUUGCACGUAGCAAGCCAUUAUGGUCAAGCCAACAUGGUGAGAUUUUUGCUAGACAACGAAGCAGAUGUCUCUGCUCGUACAUCUAUAGGCUAUACUCCUCUGCAUCAUGCCGCUCAACAAGGACAUUCACAUAUUGUCAAUAUUCUUCUUGCCAAUAAAGCUCAACCAAACACAGUAACUGACAGCGGUCAAACACCAUUGGACAUUGCACAAAAGUUAGGUUACAUCAGCGUUCUAGAGGCGCUGAAAGUUGUAACUGAUCCCAAGGCUUCCAAAGUAACAUAUGCUAAUGAUGAAAAAUAUAAAGUUGUAGCUCCUGAAGCCAUGCAUGAAGCAUUCAUGUCAGAUUCGGAAGAAGAAGGAGGAGAAGACACUAUGAUGACGGAUCAGCCAUACAGAUACUUAACAGUGGAUGAAAUGAAAUCUCUUGGAGACGACUCACUGCCCAUGGACGUUACUGGGGAUGAACGCAUAGAUUCAAACCGUAUGGUCACCAGUGUAGAAUCGGCAAUUCUAGGACCUCACUCUGCUAUGGAAGAUAGCAUUAGUCCCCAGCAUAUUGGACAAACUUAUGCAGAACAUUACAUUAAAAAUGUGGAUAAUGUCGAUAUUAGUUCACAACCAGUUCACGUUGGAAAACUACAUUGGAGAAAUUUCCUGGUAUCGUUCUUGGUGGACGCACGAGGUGGAGCGAUGCGUGGAUGUCGCCACAGUGGCGUACGCGUCAUAGUGCCACCAAAAUCGGCACCACAGCCAACUCGAAUAACGUGUCGCUAUGUGAAACCCCAACGAACGCCCCAUCCGCCGCCUUUGAUGGAAGGAGAAGCUUUAGCGAGCCGGGUGCUCGAACUAGGACCAGUCGGCGCAAAGUUCUUGGGACCGGUAAUAUUGGAAGUUCCUCACUUUGCAUCAUUGCGCGGAAAAGAAAGAGAAAUUGUUAUUUUGCGAUCUGACAAUGGUGAGACGUGGCGAGAGCACAUUGUGGAUGCUUCUGAAGACAUAGUGCAUGAUAUGCUGAAUGACAGCUUUGAAGCUGAUGAUUUGAGCCAAAUGGAAGAUGCUUGUUCCGGUCGUCUUACCCGUAUCUUAACAAACGACUUCCCACAAUAUUUUGCCGUGGUUUCUCGCGUACGCCAAGAAGUGCACGCCAUUGGACCCGAAGGUGGAAUGGUCUCUAGUACAGUAGUACCUCAAGUGCAAGCCGUCUUUCCUCAAGGCGCACUUACCAAGAAGAUCAAAGUUGGCCUACAGGUAAACCUUUUCAAACCGCGCAAAGGCGUUGCUCCACAAAAACUACGUAAGAUAUCCGUCAAUCACGUGCCAAAAAAGAAGAGAUUCUCCCUCAUAUGGUAAUCGGUUUCAAAACAAAAAGAAA